AUGCCCUGGUCGAGAGGUUAUGCUCCCCUAUCGCUCGAAGGUUCCGAUACCGAAUUCGACGAGAAAGUGUCCGAUGGCGGUUCCUCACGUUUCGCUUAUAUGAGGAGGCAGUUGAUUCACUUCCUGCCCAGUUUCUUCCAUCCAACUCCCCUCAUCCGACUCGUCGUUGCCGGUAUCCCCUCCGUAUGUGUCUUCUUCGUCAUCUCGGGCUACGCCAUCAGCAUCAAACUCGCGCAGCUCUCCCAUCAAGGCAAAUCGGCCGAGUUUGCCCAGUCGCUCGCCUCGUCUAUCUUCCGGCGGCACCAGCGCCUCUUCAUGCCCGCGACCGCCGUGCUGCUCAUGUCCGCCAUCAUGUCUUAUUUCCUCCUGUUCCCGACGGAGCCGUGGUCCCGCAAAGUCGCCAUCGCCACGCGCGUCCCACCUCACUUAGACUCGCUGAUGGGCCAGCUCCGCAACUGGGCCCAGCAGAGCAUUUCUCUCGCCUACCCCAUCCGGAACACUAUCAAUAGCCGAGACGUAAACCCAUACGACCCCAACCUGUGGACCCUUCCCGUCGAGUUUGGGUGCUCCAUGCUGGUCUUCACCCUCCACGCCGCCACGCACAAGUUCCGCCCGCGGGCCCGCAUCGUCUUCAAUCUAGCUCUCAUCGCUUACGCCCUGUACCGCACCGAGUUCAACAUCCUGCUCUUCAUGUGCGGCAUGUUCAUGGCGGAUCUCCAGGCGUACGCUUCUGUCCGGGACGAGAGGCGCCACGACCUACCCCUCCAAAAGGUUCCCGGCUACCGCACGUUGAGGACACCCCUUGCCCGCCGGGCCGCGGCGCUCUUUGCGUUCGUGUUUUGCGUCUACUUGCUCAGCAUGCCCGAGCCCCAGAGAGGCGCGAGCGAGGACCCCUUCUACCGAGGUCUCAUCAAUAUCGUGCCCGAGUUCUUCCACCUGGGCAAGAACACGGUUCAUUACUGGGUCUGCAUCGGAGCCGUCUCCCUCGUGGCCACCAUUGACCGCAGCACCUUUCUUCAGCGAUUUUUCAACACCCCCUUUGCGCAGUACCUCGGCAAGAUUUCCUUCGCCCUGUACCUGGUUCAUGGGCCCAUAGUCUGGAGUUUGGGCGCGUGGCUCGCGGCCCGGCUUGUCCCCACCCAGGAAGACGCGACGGACGCGCAGUACGGUUGGGGCGUUGUGCUCUGUUAUCUUGGACUCUGGCCCGUUCUCAUUUACGUGUCUGAUCUUGCCACGCGUUUGGUGGAUGCCAAGGUGGUGAGCUUUUCUCGGUGGGUGUAUGGAAAGCUCAUCGUCAAGACGGAAAGGUCUUGA